GAGGAAACAAAGUAGAGUCCUUUUUAAUGAGUUUUAUUCAAUCCUAAUAGUGAGAGACAAAAGAAUGCAACAAGCUUUAACAACGGUGUUGCUCCAAACUGGGCUCCUCCUCCCUCCUUUCUAGCAACAGCACCUUCCCUUACGGUGGCCACUUGUGAUCAAAUGUCUUUGAGUCCUUUGUUCCUGUACUCUUAACAAACACCAUGUUCUGAGAGAUCUCUCUAUGAGCUGUGACUUUCCUCAAACCCCUCAAAGCUCUGCUGUAAAUCAAGGCUGUCUCCCUCUUCUCCUGCAACAUCUCCUCCUCCAUCUCCUCCUCCAUCUCGCCCUCUUCAGUCCGAUCCCUGAUAGGGAACUGCUUGAAUCCAAUGCUGCCAUGGCUCCAGAUAACUCCUAGAUUGUGCAGUUCCAGGAUAUGCCUACAUAAUCCUUCCACCUCCUUUGAAACCAGAUGGGGUAUACACCUAGGAAGCUCCUAUAACUAAAUGGUCUUUCAACGUAUCAUUGCUUUGUGUUGAGGCCUCCAUACCGGACGAAAUAUACAGCUUGCAUUGAUGGUACAUGAACGUAAAAAAAUGCUAUACUCCAGGCAUGUCCAACAGGUCGAUCACAAUCUACUGGUCGAUCAUGGGGUGCUUCUGGCUGAUCCUGGUUGAUCGUGGGAUCCUUAGCUAUUGGCAACCCCCCAAAAACCCUCCCUAAAAACAGUUCAACAGCUGUAGCCAACCCUCCCUAAAGAAAACUCAAAAACUCUGGUCAAUCCUCCCUAAAAACAGCUCAACAACAACUCUGGUGAAAGCUCCCCUUCCGCCCAAUGACAAUGGGUAGAUCACUGCCAGAUUAUUAUUAUUUUAUAGUGGGAGUAGAUAGCUCUCUUGGGAGUUGGACGUACCUGCUAUACUCCAUUUCAACAGCUUCAGGGUUUGCACGCACCAGCAAGGAUUGUGGAGUUGUUAAGGUUUACUCAGGCUCUCCCUGAAUCUGUUUACACAGCUAGAGCAUCCCAGGCAAUUGUACAGCCCUUCCUAUUCAUGCUCCUAUUGACCCACCAUCUUGGGUCAAUCUCAGGUCACCAUGUGCCUGCUAUGAGUUUUGAACUCUGUCUGAUGGCCUCAGUUACACUGUCAGGGUCACCUCUCCUGUGAUGGACAGAGGACAGGCAAGUGACCAUGUUCCUAAGAGGCAUUUUACUUCCUUUGAACUCAGUUUAGUUUGAUCCUGUAAGCAAAUCCAAGACAGAAGCAAUUGAAGUGUUUCUCAGGUUGGAAUCACACACUAUAGGAAACAAGUCCUCCAUUUCAUUGUUGGACUAAAACAAUAUUGGCCUGAAUCCAGCUUUUAAUUUUAUUCAGCUAGUUGCAGGGACAACUGGUGACCACAUAUGGGAUGCACAACUUGCGUCCACAUUGCAGAAUGCGCUCAGAAAAUUCAGUAUGCCCCAGAUGAGCAUUGGGAUAUGGGUACACAUCCAAGUAUGCACUGAUUUGCAAGUAAAUCGGAUGUGCACAACAAAGACUGUGCAAGGAUCUGCCUUGCUAGAUUGUAGCGAUCAUUUUUUUCCUAAUGCAUUUUGUAAACCAGGGCUCAGCUAAAUUGGAAAAACAAAAACAAAACAUUAUAAAUGCAUUAUAACAUUGUGACACCAGGUGGUGCAGUAGAGCUGAAAUUGAAACUUCAUGAAAUGACCCAUUGUGAACUUUAAAACGGUUUUUUUUGGGGGGUGUUUUAGAGUGUUUUUAUAGCUAUGUAGAUGCAGUCCCAAAGCUAUAGCAAAAAAUAGUUAAAUAAAUACUAAUUGUCUAUUAUAUAUUACCCUAAAUCUUUCUCUUGAAUAAUGUCAGUAAAAAAAGAAUUUAGCUAUUUUUCUUCUGGAAGUUUAAUAAUUUGAACAAUUUUUGUGGUUACUUGGAUUUGGGGACUUUUUAGCUUUUUUCCUUUAAGCUUUCUUUCAGCUGGCAUUUUACUUUCAGAUAUGCUUACUGUCCUUUUAAGUUUAGAUACAGAUUUUGAAUAUGCAUCGGAUCAUAAUGCAAUGUCAUUCUGUUUGCCAGAGGACAAAAUAGCAUGGCAAAGGUAACAUAAUUUUGUGUUGCUCUAACUGGAGUUCCUUGUAUCUCAGCAGUCAGUCCUCUGAAAUGUUAGCCUGACUAGCUUUCUCUGACCUAAUGCCAGAUUAGGGGAUCACUCUCACACAGCGACUGGAGUGAUCACACAGAAAGCCAUAUGCAGUUUGCCCGUCUCUGAACAGAGUGUUCUGAGAGUCAACAUAUUGCGAAGGCGGAACCUUUAAAGCAGAAGGUACAGUUCUGUUGACACUGAAGACGCCUCGGGGUUUUGUGUGUGUGUACUUGAAAUCGCUGACAGCUCAAAUGGAUCGCAUGGAACUGCGAAAAGUCAACACAGACCUUGAUGAGGAGAGCAACAGCGGCGACAGCACAGAAGACACCUAUACCGACAUGGGAGACCCAGAAAAGGCCACUAUUAGCAGUCACUUUGUUGGCGAUGAUGCCGAAAGUCAGAAGUUCCUUACCAAUGGCUUUCUGGGCAAAAAGAAAUUGGAAAAUUAUACAGAUGAAUAUAAUCCAGGAGAUAUUUCAUUUGGAAUGUCAUCAUUUAACCUGAGCAAUGCCAUCAUGGGCAGUGGAAUCUUGGGGUUGUCCUAUGCCAUGGCCAACACUGGAAUCAUACUUUUUGUAAUCCUGCUGCUCAGUGUAGCCAUAAUGUCUCUCUAUUCGGUUCACCUGUUGCUGAAGACAUCCAAGGAAGGAGGUUCACUAAUAUAUGAAAAAUUAGGCGAAAAGGCAUUUGGAUGGCCUGGAAAAAUUAGUGCUUUUGUUUCGCUUACGAUGCAGAACAUUGGAGCAAUGUCAAGCUACCUCUUCAUUAUUAAGUACGAACUUCCAGAAGUACUCAGAGCAUUUCUAGGGCUUGAAGAGACUUCUGGGGAAUGGUAUCUAAACGGGAACUACCUUGUAAUAUUUGUGAGCAUCGGUGUGAUUCUUCCACUUUCACUUCUGAAGAAUUUAGGGUAUCUUGGUUAUACAAGUGGAUUUUCACUUACCUGCAUGGUAUUCUUUGUAAGCGUGGUCAUCUACAAGAAAUCCCAAAUACCAUGCCCUCUCCCAGUCUUGGGCAAUGGUGCUGGCAAUUGGUCCUACAACAGCACCACAGCUCCAUUGCAUGUCGUGAUGCUACCCAACGAUUCUGCCAAUUCCGAAGUAAACUUUAUGUUGGACAGCACCUACAAGCAGUAUUCCGGUUUUGAAGAAGCCAAAGAUAAGAUGCAUCAGAGUGGAGUAGAAUAUGAAGCCCAUGGAGAGGAGGAUGAGAAGUGUACCCCCAAAUAUUUUGUGUUUAACUCACGGACUGCCUAUACAAUACCGAUCCUGGCCUUUGCGUUUGUGUGCCACCCUGAAGUGCUACCCAUUUACAGCGAACUGAAAAACCGAUCACGAAAACGUAUGCAAAGCGUUGCCAACGUCUCCAUCACUGGGAUGCUCGUUAUGUACCUCCUUGCUGCUCUGUUUGGCUACCUGACUUUCUAUGGCGAAGUGGAAGAUGAGCUGCUUCAUACCUACACCAAAGUGUACACUUUUGACACCCUGCUUUUGAUGGUUCGCCUCGCUGUACUUGUGGCUGUGACCCUGACUGUGCCCAUAGUCCUGUUCCCUAUUCGUACUUCGGUUACUGCACUCUUGUUUCCCGGAAGGCCCUUCAGUUGGAUAAGACACUUUUUGAUUGCUGCAGCAGUCCUCGCCUUCAAUAACGUCUUGGUUAUUUUUGUCCCUAGCAUUAGAGACAUCUUUGGAUUCAUAGGUGCCUCUGCUGCCACAAUGCUGAUCUUUAUUCUUCCUGCUGCUUUUUAUCUCCGGAUUGUCAAGAAAGAACCUUUCAGGUCCCCUCAGAAGAUCGGGGCUCUGGUUUUCCUGACUGUCGGUGUCAUCUUUAUGAUUGGAAGCAUGACACUAAUUCUCCUGGACUGGAUUUACAACUCUCCAGGUUCCAAUCAGCAUUAAUCUGGAAGAAGAAUAGAAAAUAUUUGUUUUUUCUUUCGUGUUGGAAAUGGUUGAAUGCUAUCAUCCAAAACAAGAGGGGAAAAGACUUUUGACACAUAGAAGGGGACAUUGCUUCUAGUCAAUAACUGCAAAAUUCCAAAGACUUUUACUAGUAAUGCCACUAGGAGGAUCCUAUGGAAUAUUCAAGUGCCCUUUAAUAAGGGAUUGUUAUUUAUGCGAUAAAGCCUGUGCCAAACUCUUCUGGACCAGGAUAGAAUAAAAAUGUGUAUAUAGUCCUUGAAACAGACUGUUACUGCUAUUGUUGUUUUGAUAACCACAGUUUCUAGAAUACGGAGACAACGUAGUAGCUCAGACGUUACCCUAGUGCCUUGUAAAAUUGUCUGUGGGUAUGGUUUAUUACAGAAUAUGUUGCACUCUAAUUCUAGAUAGAGGCUGGAAUAUUUGGGAGUUGUUCAAAAGCUAAGACCAUCAACAGCUCAAAACUGAGUGUGUGUAUAUAUGUAUGUAUAGUGUGUAUGCAUGUACAUAGACACAGAAGGGAAGAGAAAAUAAAAACAACAAUUGUGUUGAAUGGCUGUUCAUAAAGUUAACAAGUACGGUCAAGUUGUGAGCGCCAACCCUUUGUAAGUAUUUUACUUAUCAAGCAAUACAUUAUAUGGACAGGUGAUCACAGAAGUGCUCAGUGUUGAAGGUGCACAAGCAUGGUCAAUUCUUGGCCAUCAUAACUUUCAGCAAUCUCCUAUUCCUGUUACAAAAACUGGCUGCCGUUGCUUUUGAUGCGGCGUAACUGUCUCAUCUCUCUCAGCAAGUUGCAGUUACUGUCAAUUACAAUCAACAACAACUAGCCACACCAAUAAGAUUGUGUCUCGCCCUAGGGGGCCUUCAAAGCUUCUCCCAUUGGCAGUGAUGCCGCCAUUAUAUGAAGUCUCUGUGCUCUUGUCAGGUAUUCCUGGUGGCCACUGAAGGAUGAGUGGAACCCUUAACAGGAUGGCAACAAUCUCAUAGCAAGCACAUCUUUGUCAUUGUAGCACACUUACUUGUUAGAGGGAAGAUGGUUCUGGUAGGAUCCCUGUGGUGAGCAAAAGAUUAUGCCUAUGCCAGCCGGAAACCUGAUCCUGCAAUUAUAAUUCUGUUUUGAAGACCUUCUAAGAGAAGCUGGAUCUCUGUUUGCCGUUUGUCUGGGAGGCAUGAACAGAAGAGGACUACCACGCUCAGGUCCUGUUUGUGGCUUCCCGGAGGCAUCUAGUUGGCCUCUGUAUAAACAGAAUACUAGACUAGGUGGGUCUUUGGUCUGAUCUACCAGAGCUCCUCUGACGUUCUUAAGUCUUCCACUGUAACUCAGAUGAGUGUAAGGCGAUCUCAAGAAACGUGAAAAGCACACUUACCAGUAUUGUUAAAUGCAUUUUUGUUUGAUAAAUGGUCAGUGCAGGAAACAGUGAUCAUUGCUAUAUAUGUACUAUAUAAAUAUUUAUGUAUAUAAUCUUAUUCGCUAUUGAAUGUUGCUGUACGAUACAAUAUUUUGAUUUUUAUAUAUCUUAUUUGUGUAGUUGUUUUCAUAGUCACGACCUUUAUACCAUUUUGAAAGCAGGGGGAGGGAGGGGUUGUUGUUUUUUCCGGAGGGGCUCACUUUACAUCUCAGUGUUUGGAAUUUAUCUAUGGAAGUCCAAAAGAUUACCCAAGUAGAGUAAGGCAGUCAAAUGUUACCAAAAUGGAUUAUUACAAUAAACUUCAAGAAUUCAGGGUUAUGACCUGCUUUUGUCGAUCUGUUGUUCAACAUUUUAUUUUUAGAACAGACAGAGCACGCUUGCAAUUGAGGAUCCAACACUACUUGCUGGGAAUGGGAUUUGUUUCCCAGGUAUACAGUGUUGCAAAUUGUGGCAUUGCACUAAAGAGAAACAUAAAAGCCCCAGUUUGAACUGCUUUGCUAGUGCAAAAGUGCACAUUAUUAGGUGUAUUUGGGUGGUAGACAAUGAAGUUUUACUCAGAGUAGACCCACUGAAAUCAAUGAACAUGGCUAAGUUAGGUUCAUUUAAUUUCAAUGGGUCUCCAUUCAAUGGGCAAAACUUAGUUGAAUACUGUCAUUGGUAUGGCUGAGAAACCAACAGACGCUGUGGACUUCCCUCUCCAAGAGCAGCUUGGCAGGUCAAAGCCUUCCUGGUGCGGCAGUGGGAAGCUCUAUCAGAAUUGCUUUUCUAUGAAUGCUGCUCUGUGGGUAGUAGAGCUGGAAAUGGAACAUGGUGGAGUGG